UGUUGGGCAUCAGUCAUGCUAACCAAUGGAAAAGAACAGGUGAUCAAGUCCUGUGUAUCCCUCCCAGAAUUAAAUGCUCAAGUCUUCUGCCAUAGUUCCAACAAUGUUACCAAAACUGAGUGCUGCUUCACAGAUUUUUGCAACAAUAUAACACUGCACCUUCCAAAAGCAUCACCAAAUGCCCCCAAACUUGGACCCAUGGAGCUGACUGUUGUUAUUAUUGUGCCUGUUUGCCUGCUGUCCAUAGCUGCCAUGCUGACAGUAUGGGCGUGCCAAGGACGACAGUGCACCUACAGAAGGAAAAAGAGACAGAAUGUGGAGGAACCACUAUCUGAGUGCAAUCUGGUAAAUGCUGGCAAAACUCUCAAAGAUCUGAUUUAUGAUGUGACUGCCUCUGGAUCUGGCUCUGGUCUUCCUCUGUUGGUUCAAAGAACAAUUGCGAGGACGAUUGUACUUCAGGAAAUUGUGGGAAAAGGUAGAUUUGGUGAGGUGUGGCAUGGAAGAUGGUGCGGGGAGGAUGUGGCUGUCAAGAUAUUCUCCUCCAGGGAUGAAAGAUCUUGGUUUCGUGAGGCAGAAAUUUACCAGACUGUUAUGCUGCGACAUGAAAACAUCCUUGGCUUCAUUGCUGCUGACAACAAAGAUAAUGGAACUUGGACUCAACUUUGGCUUGUAUCUGAAUAUCAUGAACAAGGCUCCUUAUAUGAUUAUUUGAAUAGAAACAUAGUGACAGUGGCUGGAAUGAUAAAACUGGCACUUUCAAUAGCUAGUGGUCUAGCUCACCUCCAUAUGGAGAUUGUUGGUACACAAGGUAAACCUGCUAUUGCUCAUAGAGACAUAAAAUCGAAGAAUAUCUUAGUGAAAAAAUGCGAAACUUGUGCCAUAGCAGACUUGGGCUUGGCUGUGAAGCAUGAUUCAAUCCUGAACACUAUAGACAUUCCUCAGAAUCCUAAAGUGGGAACCAAAAGGUAUAUGGCUCCUGAAAUGCUUGAUGAUACAAUGAAUGUGAAUAUCUUUGAGUCCUUCAAACGAGCUGACAUCUAUUCUGUUGGUCUGGUUUACUGGGAAAUAGCCCGGAGGUGUUCAGUUGGAGGAAUUGUGGAGGAGUACCAGUUGCCUUAUUAUGAUAUGGUGCCUUCAGAUCCUUCAAUAGAGGAAAUGAGGAAGGUUGUUUGUGACCAGAAUCUCCGACCAAGUAUCCCAAACCAGUGGCAAAGCUGUGAAGCACUCCGAGUCAUGGGGAGAAUAAUGCGUGAGUGCUGGUAUGCCAAUGGGGCUGCCCGCCUGACUGCCCUCCGUAUUAAGAAGACCAUCUCUCAACUUUGUGUCAAAGAAGACUGCAAAGCCUAA